GGGGCGGGGCCGACGAGCGCGGAGGGUGCAAGAGCGGAGCCUCUCGCCCGCAGGCGACUUUGAUUAGCGGGCGGGCUGAGGCAGUGGGUGUCUUCCGCGCGCGCCUGCGGCAGCCUCGCUAUGGAGGCUCAGAAAGAAGCUCUACAAAGGAUUAUCUCUACUCUGGCGAACAAAAAUGAUGAAAUCCAGAACUUUAUCGACACACUGAACCAUACAUUAAAAGGUGUUCAGGCUAAUUCUUCUAAUGUAAUUGCUGAACUGGAUGAGGAAUUUGAUGGUCUGUAUUCUAUACUGGAUGAGAUGAAGGAAAGUAUGACCAACAGUAUUAAGCAAGAACAAGCUCAUAAAUCUCAAGAGCUACAGAAUCAACUUAGCCAAUGUAGUAAUGCCUUGGAGAAUUCUGAAGAACUUCUAGAAUUUGCUGCACGGUCACUGGACAUAAAGGACCCUGAGGAGUUCUCAAAGGCUGCCAGACAGAUCAAAGAUAGAGUCACAAUGGCUUCAGCAUUCCGCAUCUCUUUGAAACCAAAGGUCAGUGAUAACAUGACUCAUUUGAUGGUGGACUUCUCUCAGGAAAGGCAGAUGCUCCAGGCUUUAAAGUUUUUGCCAGUCCCCAAAGCUCCAGAGAUAGACCCAGUAGAGUGUCUGGUAGCUGACAACGCUGUAACGAUAGUAUGGAGAAUGCCCGAAGAAGACAACAAAAUUGAUCAUUUUGUAUUGGAAUAUAGGAAAACUAAUUUUGAUGGGCUUCCUCGAGUAAAAGAUGAAACCUGCUGGGAGCUGAUAGACUAUAUUAAGGGCACUGAAUAUACAUUAUCUGGACUGAAAUUUGAUUCAAAAUACAUGAACUUUCGAGUAAGAGCUUGCAACAAGGCUGUGGCAGGGGAAUACUCUGAUCCAGUGACUUUGGAGACUAAAGCACUUGUCUUCAAUUUGGACAAUACAUCAUCUCAUCUGAACUUGAAAGUUGAAGAUUCUUAUGUUGAGUGGGAUCCUACUGGAGGCAAAGGCCAAGAAAACAAAAUAAAAGGAAAAGAGAAUAAAGGCAGUGGCCAGAUUACCGUACUGAAGAACAAUACAAGAAGUGGCACACCAUCUCCAAAGAGGACUUCUGUUAGUUCGAGGUCUCCAUUGAUAAGGGGCAGCAGAGAUCGCUUUACUGGUGAAUCAUACACCGUGUUGGGAGACACUGCUAUUGAAAGUGGACAGCACUACUGGGAGGUGAGAGCCCAGAAGGACUGCAAAUCCUACAGUGUGGGAGUAGCGUAUAAAAAUCUGGGAAAAUUUGAUCAACUGGGAAAGACUAACACAAGCUGGUGUAUCCAUGUCAACAACUGGCUACAAACCACCUUUGCUGCAAAGCACAAUAAUAAAGCCAAAGCCCUAGAUAUGACUGUUCCGGACAGAAUAGGAGUGUACUGUGACUUUGAUGGAGGUCAGCUCUCAUUUUAUAAUGCAAGUUCAAAGCAAUUGUUAUACACCUUCAAAACAAAAUUUACCCAACCACUACUACCAGGUUUCAUGGUCUGGUGUGGCGGACUUGCAUUGACUACUGGACUGCAGGUGCCGAGUGCUGUGAAAAUGCUCCAGAAGAGUGAAAAUGGAUUGAGUGGUUCAGCUAGCAGCCUAACCAAUGUUACCCAAUAAUGUCUCUUUAGAUGCUAUACUCCUGUUUCUGAGUGGGUUUUUCUGUGCAGCUGCUAUUCACAGGAGCUUGUGAGCAAUGGAUUAACUGGCUUUGCUACCCACUGCUGCUUUAAGGCCUGGGCACCAAUAGUGCAAAGGUUCUGGGCUGAAGCAUUAGCAGAAAUGUACUGUGAAUCCAGAGAGCCAGAUAGAAAGCGAGUCUGACUUUUUUUGAUGUUUUGGAUGGGGAAGUCAGGAGCUGUAGCUAUGCGCUUGUAUAUUAGACUGAAUUUGAUUGUAUUAGAUACUUGAUCAUUUCAGUAUAACGGCACAUGGCAGGUAUGAUCUUAGUUUGAAAAGCACUUACUACUACUCACUUUUUCACUCCUUGUUUCCUCAUCCUGAAAAGGAGUCCGUUUUGAGGUCCUCAAUGGAAGCUUUAAAUAUGUGACCCUCUGAAGAAACCAGUCCCUCAAAUUUCCACAUACAGAUAUGGCAUGAUGCAAGUUUGAGACUUGAGAUGUUCUCCUAGAGUAGCUAAUGUGAUUGACACAGGUUGGCUACCCUCUGGUAUUAGUUGAAUAAAUAGUGCAUUGUUUUGUGGUGGUCUUUAGUUAUCUAAAUGGGCACAGUGCUGAGUAUCCUUUUAUAGGCUAUUCAUAGUUAGAACACGAGCUCAGUAAUCCUGCAUCACUUCAGUGAAAAUUAAGACUUCACAUCAAUUUUACACCAGUGUUUUCAGAGCAUUCCUGAUCUUUACUGUGUGAGCCCUCUACUUAGAUUAUUGGGGAGAUAUGCAUAAUAGCGCACUUUCCCCAAUGUUACCCUUAAUAAGCUUUCAGCUAUAUUCGAUUACUUUUUUAAGCAUCCAGCUUGGAGUACGGGUAGGCUUUAGUGCUUCCAUGCUUUCUAUAUUUAAGUGUCUUGUUUUUAAUAUGCUGUUUAAAUAAGAUUUUUGUCCUGUUUCAACCAGAUUUAUAUAAUUUAAAGUUUUCUAAUGAGUUUGAAGUGUGUAAACAUGCAAAGAUGGUGGUGAGGAGGUGUUUUAAGACUUCAAGAAUGCAGCUAAGAUAAAGCUUAGUAGAUAGAAUGAGUGUUGGGCUAUGUUGCACUUAUGACAUUACAUUCAUUUUAAUGAAGAAAUAGUACCACUAAUUUCACUAAAUUGCAUAGUAUUCAUGCACAUUAAUGUAGCAGAUCAGUUUAUCGUACUUCAUCUACUAUAUGCACUCUUGCUCCUUUCAAAAAAGCAAGGCAUAUGAAUAUCUCUAAAGGUAGACUGGGCAGCACAUCACUUACUGCUGAACCCCACCUGUAUCACUUCUAACACAAGUAGAUGGUGAAUAGUAAGAACUACUCACUAGCAAAACGUUGUCUAAAUGGAAUGAGAUUACAAAACUGGAAAGCUAUUAGGAGCUUAAAAAUACAAGAGCAUAAUUUAAAUGGGUAGGACCACUUUGUGUAUCUUUGAAAGCGCUGAAUUUUUUUUAGUUCUGAACCCCCCUCAAGCUCUUACCUUUUAAAUGCACUGUCCCAUCUGAAAGGCUCCCCAAGCAACUCUUUCCUUACUGCCUGCGAUCUCCAGAAUGAAAUAAUUCUGGUUGUGCUGACUAGAGGUGGUCACUAAACAAUGCUGAGUUUCCUCCUCUCACCCCUUUAAUGGGACUGAAUGUGUCUACUUUUUCCAGCCCUGGAUUUGUCCCCUGAAACUGUUACUAGACCACUGCACCAGCCCUCCUCCUCCUCCUCUCACUUUAAUGGUUUGUACUCCUUUGUAAAGAUUGCUAAUCUAGAUUGCUUUUUAUAAAAUCUGUUUAUGGUUCUUAUGCUGCUCUGGGAGAGACAUAUGCUGCACUCAAAGUUUUUAACAAACAACAGAAUCACUCUUCAGUAUAAGGGAUUUUGUUUUAUAAAUGGAACAGAUUCAGACCCCUCCCACAGCAAUUUCAUAUGGAUGUCUGCUCUCCAUGUACUUCUCCCUAUUGAGGCAACCAGUUGCUAAUUGAAGAUCUUGUAGAGAAUAUCCUUAGCAGCAAACCUUUGCAUAUAGUAGCAAAAUUAUUCAUGUUAAUGGAGAGAACUAAGAAAACAUUUUAGUAUUAAAGUCUCAAAGUUUUGUACUAGUGUUAAAUCUCUUAGCCACUUUUAAUCAAUUUCCCUUCCUAUUCUAGUCAGGGGUCCCACAAAAUGACCUGCAGAUGAUGGACAAUAUUGUGACCGAUUUUAGUUCUAUAAUUAAAGGUCUCUUAUGGUGCACAGUCACACUAAGACUUUUCUACGAGCAUAAUGCUGGUGGCUCUGGUGAAAUGCCUCCCUUCUUGGGAGUUGAACUGGGGGAUAUGGGGAGGGGACGAUUUGCACUCUGCACAUUCAGCCCCUGGAAAUGGAGACCUUCAUCUAAGUUUAGGAGCACUUCAGGUCUUCCUCUUGAAGGAAAGUAGAGUGAAGAAAUCUCAUGCAACAACUUUGGAGAUCACAGGCAAAAUCAGAUGUAUAAAACAGAUUAAAUACAUAGUUGAAUUUGGCCCAUGAUCUCCAGUGGUGUUGCACAGCAUUUGCUACUCCUUUUUAAUCAGCUUAUCCUCAGUUUCUUACCUUUUUUGGUAUUCAGUUCCAUAUAUGAAUUGAACAUUUUCUCAUGGCUUAUUUUUCAGGCUUUAUAAUAUGGUUAUACAAAUCUUUUUUGUGGGGGGAGAGGAAGAAAACAGCUUCCAGUAUGUUUUCUCUCCUUUGCUGCAUUUCUUGUCCAAUUUAAAUGUACAAAACUGAAAACAAUGCCAAAUGAUUGGUGAAUGGUUUUGUGCUAAAUGAGCUCAAUAACAUCUGAAUCAGCUUAUUGUCAUACUCUGGGACAGUCCAUGUUGUCUUAGUAAAGCCAUCAUCCUAAUUACCUUCAUUUUUGGAGAAUCAGGUUCUUAAUGCAGCAAUGUGAGCAUUCAUGAAUGUCCAGUGAAUUGAGGGAGUGAGGCAUGCAGGAUGGGGCUCAAAAUUGUGAUUUCGAAGGGAGGUGUAAGCUUUGUUUCUAUUUUGAGACUCUUAAGUUGAUGGUAAUAAAGGUUAGUUUCUGUUCCUAUCUGUCCAUCUCUAACUUUUCAAUAUGGGAUAGUUAGCUACAGUUCCUGCUAAGUUUUCCUUAACUUGUAGCAUACACUUACUUUUACACAAAGUAAACACAUAAGGGGGAAAAAACAGUAACCAUUGAGCCAAACCCAAAAAUUGAAUGCAGAUACAUAAUUUACUUGAACAUAUUUUAUUUAGCAAAUUGUAAGGAAACCUGCAAGGCACACUAGAUUAUCUACAAGAUGUAGACAAUUGAAAUCUCCCCUUCUCCCCCCCCCUCUCCCCCCCAAACUAUUAUGGUAUCUUAGUUUGAAACAAGCUGAAGUAUUUAGUACUGUGACUUAUGCUGCACGAGGCUUAUUUUGAUAUGAAAGAUAUAGCUGUUCUAAAGAAUAAUGUAUGGGUUAUUUUGCCCUUAAAGUUUGAAGUUACUCUACAGUAGUUAAUGCACAAGUGCUGGAUUUUUGCUGCUAACAGUCUCCUUUUUUUGUAAAUAGAAUAUGGAGAUGAGGAAUUGCCUUAAGCACUUCAGAUUUUUUCUUAGAUUAUGAUUUCUUUGUGCUAACAUCUUGCGGAUCUGCUUUUUAAAUUUGUGCAAAGUAAAAGUAUAUGAAUGGUAUUGCAUAGCAUCUUGGGUGCUAUUGUUAGGUACAGUGUCAGCAAAGGUAAAGUACUAGCUGCAGCUUCAUUAUGAGUUGACGUAGGAAGAAUGUCUGAAUACCCUGAGACUGCUCUGGCAAGUGGAUUUUAUUGGCGGCUACUCGACCACUUGAUUUGAUUGGGCAAACUUGCAACCCUCUUGAAUGGUGGUGCUGGCACAGCUCCUGUUAGAGCUGUGCUAGAUUCUUUGUAUCUAGCACAGUGUUUCCAAGUAUGUAAGUAAUCUAAUGGCCUGGCCCAUUGUAAAAUUCAAGUAUUUUGUGGGGAGGAGGGGAGUUGUGGCGUCGCUAAACUUGAGUUCUCUUGUAAAGAUGUGAUUUAUCUUUUAAAUGUAUUUCUGUAGAUUUACAAGUUUUUGGUUAAGGGUUUACUAUUAGUCUUUUUGUAAAUUACAUUACUUCUGUUUGUUAACAGGGCAUAAUAUGAGGUUUUUUUAAUGUAGUGGUAAACUGUAAAAAUAUAUUUGCAUAAAAAGGUAGUGGAAGUAUGUGAAUCUACUGAAGUUAAGGGGUAUUAAUUUUGGAAAUGGAUAGUUGAUAACAUACAUGCAUUCAUAUCUUAAGUUUGUCUUCAAGUAUAGGGUGUAAAGGGCAGUGACUGAAUUUUCAGUUUAGACUUACUUCCAUGGUCUUUCAAAAAGCUUGUAAGUAGGAAAAAUAAGUACGUGCCCUGUGUAACAAGGCUGCAGAAGUAUACACAUCAGUUUCCUACAUGUUUUCUAAGUUACUGCUCCUUCACACCUCGCACAUACAAGAUGAGGAAACUAAUUGGUUGCUAUAGGGAAAAUAUCCAGCUUAAAAAAAAAAAAAAAACUAUCUUCUGAGCAUAGUAGAUUAUGGAUUUUAAUCAUCUUGGUAGACUAGUUCAAGUGUGAUCUUCCACCUACACUCAGAUUUUUCUAAACAUUUUAUUGACUGUUGAAGGGGAAAUCUGGAUUUUGUUUUCCCAGGCACUGUGAAGUGGGCUUUAUGCAUAUCUCUGACUAUUAGGCAAAGCUUUUCAUUUCCCCCCAUUGUUUAACACCUCUUUUGCUGCAUGUGCCUUUCAUAAGUGGAGCUAGAAUCACUGCUCCUGCUGUGGCAUAAUGUGUUGAGUGUACUUGGUGAUCUUGAAUUGUCACAUUGAUUUUUACUUUACAGAUUGCACAUUGAUUUCCAUGUACAUCACUUUGACAAUACCUCAGGUAUUCUGUAAUCAGUGCUUCAUUCCUCAUUCUUUGUAUAAAGUAUCCCAAGAUAACAGACCUGUCAUAGCAAGACUACAGGGGUGCCUUAGAGCCCACAGAGUAUUUUAUUUGCUAUGUCUUUAACUCAAACUGUGUAUAUCUUACAAACAUUUUUGUAUUAAUAAAUUAAUUUUGAAACAUUAGCUGCAUAAUACCCUUGUCACAGCUUCUCCUUUUGAUUUUCAUGCCAGAGGAAGACAGCAUCUUAUUUUCGCUGAAAUAUAAACUUACUUUAGGUUGAAAGAUGUUCCUACUUGAGCAUUAAGACAUUGUGUGUAUUUUAUACUGCAAGUAUUGGAUUAGAUCAAAAACCUGUGGUAAUUAAUAAAAUACAUGGUCUACUGAA